AUGGCUGCUAAGGAUGUGGUUGAUUGGACAUUGAUGUUAACAGGUUUUCCAAGUAGUCGAUUUUGGAACAAGGCCAGAGAACAUUUCAAUAAGAUAAUGGAAGUACAAGAGCUAGAACUGGAUCCUGUUGCUUUGAUGGGCAUGCUUUCAAGCUGCAGCCUUUCUGGAGCUGUCAUAGACAUGUAUGCAAACUUUGCUGAUUUGGAAGAUGCAGUAAAAUUGUUUGAAGGGAUGAAGGUGAAGCAUAUUGUGUACUGGAAUGAAUUCUUUGCUGUUGAUCUCUUUAUGCGGAUGAAGCUUUCAGGCAUAAAUCCAGAUGAAUUGACCCAAGUCUGUGUCUUGUGUGCUUGUGUUCAUUCUAGUGUGGUUGAUCAAGGAUCCAGAUUUUUGAUCGAUGAUUGA